UGUAAUUUUUGUUUCGUGUAAAUUACUGCUGAAAUGGAUCCGAUCGCUGUCCUACAAAAUAGGAUUGAGCAACUAGAAGCAAAGUUGGGUUUGGCUCCGAACGCUCCCGAAAACAUUCACCAGCAUCAUGGGGACUCCGCGACCACAAAUUUACUGCACGCAGCGCAGGGCAUCACCAACGCUACUGUGGGACACGAGAAAUUGCCAGAGGCCAUGCACUUGGCCAGUGAAUUGAACAACUACACGGAUCCUAAUUUGGCUGAAAACCUGCAGCAAAACGAGAUGCAUGCGCAAGAGGUAGCAGCAGCCGAGAAUGUGAUACGGCAUCACUGCCACUGCAUGCAUCAGUGUAGACAGGCAGCACCAGUGAUGGACUCACAGCCAAUACAACAGGUUCCCCAGAUGCAAGAGACAGUGAAUAACCUACAAGCAGCUGCAGCUGAAGUAAAAGCUGAUGCAGAUGUAGUUUCUCAAGGUGUUGCUGAACUCGCCGAAACUGUUGGAAAUGCAGCUGCUAACGCCUCAGAGCAGCUAGCGGCUGUAGCUGAGAAAGUCGACCAAGUUGAGGAGAAAAAAUUCCCUAGGAGGAGGAAUGGUCUUGACUAAUGGAGGCUCUCUGACCAAUUCAUGUGUGGUGCUGUUAUUUUGGAUGUUUUGCGAAUGAUUCGUGAUAUUUAUUUAAAAUUAUUUAUAAAUCCCUUAAGAAAUUACAGAUUAAAAAGCAUGGACAUUUUUGUAGUACUUCUUAUUAUUGACAUUUAAGAAAUAUACAGAGCGCUCAAU